GAUUACACAGUUGCUAAUUAAUAAAGUGAAUGAAAAUAAAAAAAGUUAUGAAUAUGUUUGUUGACACUGCGAACGGAACCGUGCAAGGGCAAUUAACUGUUAGCUGCACCGGUGUUGAUUAUUAUAGUUUCAAAGGAAUAAGAUAUGCAGAAACUCCUGUUGGAAGUUUGCGGUUUCAGGAUCCAGUCGAAUUAGUAUCCCCAACCAAAAAUUUGCAAUGUGUGCCUGCAUUGCCAUGCUCCCAACAGGAGACCUUAAGUAAACGUUAUGUGGGCUCGGAAGAUUGCCUAACUUUGAAUAUUUAUACCAAAGAAAUAAAACCUUCCACGAGGCUGUGCCCGGUCAUGGUUUACAUAUUUGGUGGAGGAUUUAUGCGAGGUACCAGCUCUUCAGAUUUGUAUGGACCUGAUUAUCUCGUAGCUAACAAUGUAGUUGUAGUCACGUUUAAUUACCGUUUGGGCGCUUUUGGUUUCCUAAGCUUUUCAGAUCCUGAGUUAAAUGUGCCAGGAAAUGCAGGAAUGAAAGAUCAAGUUCUGGUAUUAAAAUGGGUAAAGAAAAAUAUACAUCACUUUGGUGGUGAUUCUAAUAAUGUAACAUUAUUUGGCGAAAGUGCCGGCGCUUGCAGUGUGCAUAUGCAUAUGCUAUCACCGAUGUCUGAAGGUCUAUUUCACAAAGCAAUCGCUCAGAGCGGCUCAGCAUUUAAUCACCGAUCAGUAAGCGAUCCCAAACGUUCGCUGUUAUUGGCAGAACGAUUUGGCUGGACUCACGAAUUGGGCCAAAAAGAGGCAUUGAAUAUUUUAUUAGAAGCUGAUGCUAAACAGAUUGUACAAAGACAAGAAACUCUUCUAACUCCACAGGAAAAACGCACAUAUGUGCUAUUCCCUUUUGGACCAGUGGUUGAACCAUACGAAAAUGAACAGUGUUUUCUUCCAGCACAUCCGUUAGAACUUGCUACCAAAAGAAAGAAAGGUUGGGGUUGGGGAUUGGGCAUGCCAUUCAUCACAGGAAUUACAUCACACGAGGCUCUUCUGUUAUACAAAGAGACUAUGAACAAUCCGACGAUUCUUUCAAGUCUUGGAGACUUUACGUGUCUUUUGCCACAAGAACUUAACUUGAAUGUUCAAGAGGCAUUAACUAAGGAAUUAGCUAACAAUAUUAAAAAACAUUAUUUCAGUAAUUCUGAGCCGAAUAUUGAAAAUAUAGAUAUGUAUAUAAAGCUUCUCUCUGAUAAAUUAUUUGUGCAUGCUGCUAUAAGGACAGCACGAUCUCAUGACGGGCCUGUGUAUCUGUAUAGAUUUGCUGUUGACGCCAAAAAUAAUGUUUUUAAGGCUGUUAUGUGCGGAAAUGUUCCAGGUACAUGCCAUGCGGACGAUGUACAAUAUUUGUUUAAACCAAAGCAUGCUAAAUGUUAUGAAAGUGGUACAGUCGAACGGAAUACUUCUGAAUUUCUUGCUUCUGCUUGGACAACUUUUGCAUUAUUGGGUCGACCAUAUGACUCAGAAUUGCAAACUGCACAUUGGCCUCUGUACAGUGAAAACGAAGCUUAUGUAGAUAUUACAAAUAAUUCAGUGGACAUAAAAUAUAUGUUACAAAAAGAUGAUAUUAAUUUUUGGGAUGAUUUAUAUUCACGAUCGAAUAAAAUUACGUCACGUUAA